CUGACAUAAGACAUCGAAAUACAGGCUUAUCUUUUUAAAAGUUGGCUUCCGAAAUUAAAUAAAUUAAAAACGAUAUUUUCGAGAUGAACGGUCCAAUUAAAAUGUAUCAAACGAAACCGAUAGUGCGACACGAUGUGCCCGUCCAGCUGCCCACCUGUAUGUAUAAAAUAAAAAAUAUUUACGGCCCAAGAAAUGGUGAGGUAGACCCCGCUGAUCACGUUUCAACAGCCAACAAAAAGUUGGAUAUUUCCGAGCAGGUUAAGAAGUUUUUAAAGAAUAAUCAGAAAAUACCAGGAAUGGCAGAUUUACAGGCAAGACAAGAGAAAAUAUUGCAACAAUUGGCUGAUUUAAAGAAACAAAUGCUCAACAUUAAAGCUGAAUUGAAAAUCAGCAAUGUGACCACCAACAAAACAACUUUAAAAAUUUCAACACAAAAAAUUGAAGAUUUACCUAACAUUGUUAUACAUGCAGGCCCAAAUUAUCCACCAUAUUCUCUAGCUUUAGUGCAGAAAUUAUUGCAAGAUCAAAUUAAUUUGUCAAUUACCACUCAUCAGCAUUCUUCAGUGCCACUUCUUCCAAAAAAUGCCAAAGAAUUAUCUGAUAUCCUAACAAACUUCAAACCAAAGGCAUCAAAUCUUCCAACAAUAUAUGUAAGGCUUAUAUGGAACAAUGUUGAAGCCGAUAUGGAGCUUUUGGUGUCUAUUGUACCAAUCCUAGGAGAAGUAAAUGCUCUGCGAUACUUAUCAAGAUGUUUCACGAAUGUUCUAAGUUACGAGUAUGAUUCUGAUGUCUCUGAAAUUGAUUCCCUGUUGGAUGUGUCCCAUGCAUUAAUUUCCACAAAGUCAACACCGGAAAAAACCAAGCUGAUACAACAUUUUAUAAAAUCUCUAGGAAAAUCAAGUUAUUUGAUAGGGAAAACUAAGAUUACAGUUGCCGAUAUUGCUGCUGUCUCUGCUUUAAAACAAGUAGCUCCAAGUAGUAUCAACGGUAGUCUAAGCCAGUGGGUCAAAAGAUGUGAGGCUGCUUAAGAAUUUCUGUUUAUUUAUUUUUUAAUACAAGA